GCCGAAGCGUGCCAAAGCGUUAUGUCGCCUACAGUUGCUAAGAAACUCAAUGUUUAUCGAUGGCGCCGGAAUCGUGGUUGAACCUCAUUCAAAAUGCCAAGAAGACCGCUAUUAUUCAGGACGGAAAAAGAAAAAUUCAUUUCUUAUUAGAAGAUGGUAGAGAAAUGGUAGAAGAAUACCAUUUGGAAACUAAUGUUUUGGUAAGAAGAGCAUGGAAAGAAAAAGGUAAUCUUGGUCAAAAUGAAGGUUGGAAUGUAGAAAUUGGGGAUCCUGAACCAAAACAAAAUAACAUUGAAGUGUAUGGAAUUCAAGAAAGUUCAAAUGCUCCAUUUAUUACAAGAAGGGUGACAAAAACAGCACUUGAGUGGCGUAUAAGAAAUUUAAUGUAUCCUCAGAAUGUGUAUUCAGUUACUGCUGAAGAUGAUGGAACAAUAACUGUUCGUACAAGUAAUAAAAAAUAUUUCAAAAAACUAAAGGUUCCAGAUUUAGAACGUGUUGGGUUAAAACCUGAACAGGAAAGAAUAUCUUUUACCCAUCAGCAUAACACCCUAAUUAUUGUGUAUAAAAAACCACCUGCACUUUUGGAGAUGGAGAAAAAAGUGCUGGAGGAGAUACUACAACUAAAGGCAAGAAAAGAGGGUGAUAUACAAUGUCCAACAAGCUAAUAAAAAUCUUAAUUGUUAAAACUGUUUAUGUUCAUCGUUUUAUAUAUAAUCAUAUUUGUUUGUACAUAUGAAAAUUAAUUUUUGUUUCGAAAAUUAAGUUAAUAAUUAUUACAGUAUUAAUAAUUUGUAUAUGCUGUCCCAUUUAUUAGGUACGAAAUGUGUUAAAACGAUAUUUUUAAAUUAUAUAAACUCUCUGCAUAUUAUAAUGAA